AUUUUCAUCUUCAGCGGGUUCUCUCUCAGCAGCCGCACUCCCUCAAAUCGGCGCCGGAAUCUCGUACGGCCGGAACCCAUCACCCUCAACGCCCGGAUACCUGGUAGCCCUACCUCAGACGUCGGCGACUCACGAUCCUCAGACGGCUAUGCGAAGCAGUUGUUCUUCAAACAAGUCUCUAUCAUCACUGUCCGAAAAUCGAACCGAGCCGAAAACUUUUCACGCCUAAUCGGUUCUAGGUUAGAGGUGGGUUGAAUUGAAGCUCGAUUUUCAAUUUUGGAGGGAUACUUUGAUUCUCAGCUGCAGUGAGCGGUGGGUUUCGACAGACCCAAUGGAAUCUAUGUCUUCUCAGAUGUUGCAAAAGCGAAGGCCAAAGAGGAAGAGAACUCAGAAGGACCCAGAAUUGGAACGUCUCGAUUCACUCAAGUGGAACUCAUCGAUCCCUAGCGACGACCCUUUGUCUGCUUUCAUUGGUUCUAACGAACUUGAAGGAGGUUUUCUUUCGCUCGAGGAGAUUGACGAAGCUGAAUAUGGCCUGGCGAUUCCUGAACCCGAAACAGUGAAACAGAAGUCGAUAUCAAAGGCUGGUAAGAAUUUGAGGAAAGACGAGCACGACAAUGCUGGCAGCUGUGGGGAUGCAUCGGGAGAUGGGGAUGAUAGUAGCAAAAAGGAAAUGGAGAAUACGAAAACUGGCAAGAAAGGGAAAAAGGAGAAGAAAAGAAAGAAGAAAAAAAAGGUCAUCAAUGAAACCCCAACAGGGGAGGAAUUUGUAGCUGAAGAUAUAGGUGGCAGUGACAGUGAUGGGACCGAGACAGAGGUCGGGGAUGAAAUGGACGACGGUGAUCAUUUGGAGACACAGAAGAAGCAGCAAAAGAAAAAAAAGAAAAGAACGAUGGAAAUCGAGGAGUCAGUAACUGAUAAAGAAAUCAAGGACGAAGUUGAAAAUGAUGCCGUCGAUGAAGCUGAAUAUUAUGCAUGGAAUGAGUUGAGACUCCAUCCUUUGCUUAUGAAAUCAAUUUACAAACAUGGGUUUAAGGAACCUACACCAAUCCAGAGAGCUUGUAUUCCAGCUGCUGCUUUCCAGGGGAAGGAUGUGGUUGGUGCUGCUGAGACAGGGUCCGGAAAAACACUAGCUUUUGGAUUGCCUAUCCUACAACGUUUCUUGGAUGAACAGGAGAAAUCUGGAAAGAUGUCUGAAGAAAAGGGAGUGGAUGAAAAAAGAUAUUCUCCCAGAAGUCUUCUACGGGCUCUUAUUAUUACUCCUACUAGGGAACUCGCUCUUCAGGUAACUGAUCAUCUUAAGGCAGUUGUAGUAGGUACAGAUAUCAGGGUGGUUCCAAUCGUUGGUGGGAUGUCUACUGAAAAGCAGGAAAGGCUUUUAAGGAUGAGGCCAGAGAUUGUUGUUGGAACUCCAGGGCGUUUAUGGGAGCUUAUGUCGGGAGGAGAAAGACAUCUUGUUGAAUUGCAGGCAUUGUCUUUCUUUGUACUGGAUGAGGCUGAUAGGAUGAUAGAAAACGGGCACUUUCGUGAGUUGCAGUCCAUAAUUGAUAUGCUUCCUGGUACCAAUGGUUCUACAGAAAAUUCACAAAAUGCAGAAAACUCUUCGGCAGCUCCAAGUUCCCAAACAAAGAAAAGGCAAACACUUGUCUUUUCUGCUACACUGUCAUUAUCUUCUGAUUUCCGUAAGAAGCUAAAGCGUGGAUCAACGAGACCUAAUCAAUCAGGGAUGGAUGGUUUGAAUUCCAUAGAAGCUCUAUCUGAGAGAUCAGGGAUGAGACCUAAUGUUGCUAUUAUAAAUCUUACAAGCACAUCGGUUUUGGCAAAUAACCUUGAAGAAUCAUUUAUAGAAUGCAGGGAGGAAGACAAAGAUGCUUAUUUGUAUUACAUUCUGUCUGUUUAUGGACAAGGCCGCACAAUUGUUUUCUGCACAUCCAUUGCUGCAUUACGUCAUAUUGCUGCUUUGUUGCGCAUUGUUGGCGUCAAUGUUUGGACUCUUCAUGCUCAAAUGCAGCAACGAGCUCGCUUGAAGGCAAUGGAUCGUUUCCGUGGAAGUGAAAAUGGGAUACUCAUUGCCACUGAUGUUGCAGCUAGAGGCCUCGAUAUUCCUGGUGUUCGAACUGUUGUCCACUACCAACUACCACAUUCAGCUGAGGUUUAUGUUCAUAGAAGUGGAAGAACUGCUAGAGCUUCUGCAGAUGGAUGCAGUAUUGCGUUGGUCUCGGCCAGAGAAACUUCCAAAUUUGCUUCUCUGUGCAAAUCAUUCUCAAAGGAAAGCUUCCAGCGAUUUCCUAUUGAUAGUUCAUACAUGCCAGAGGUUCUCAAACGUUUGUCUCUUGCACGCCAGAUUGACAAGAUUCUCCGAAAGGAUUCUCAGGAGAAGGCAACAAAAACCUGGUUUGAGCGAAAUGCAGAGUCAGUGGGAUUAGUUGUAGAUAACAAUGACAGUGAAGAGGAGAGAGCAAACAAUUUUAAGCUGAAGAAAGUUGGCUCCACUCAGUUAAGGAAGUUGCAGCAGGAGCUCAAUAAGCUGCUUUCCCAUCCCUUGCAACCAAAAUCAUUUUCGCACCGUUAUUUGGCCGGAGCUGGGGUUUCACCUCUUUUACAACAUCAAUUUGAAGAACUGGUCAAGCAGAAAGGGACCGUUCAGGAUAUGGGAGAUAACAAAAGAAGGAAGCUGGGUGUUAUUGGUCAAGAUCUUAUCGAACCGCUACAAGCACUUCGAACCGGUGGUCAGCAGGUACAUAUGGAUGCAAAAGAGAUGGCUGAUAAACGAAGGAAAGUGGAGAGUUCUAAGAGAAAGAAAAAGGAGGAGAAAAAACGCUUGCGUGAUCAGCGAAGAAAUCGACGGAAACAAAUGAAGGGCAAGAUUUAGAGGAUCAAUUGUUCGGGUAAUCUGUGUACUAAAGUUUAUUGAGCUAAUGAUAUAGCAUUCUAUGAUAGUUCGAGUCUUUUGGUCUGAUUUUUUAUUUUGAACAAAGUUUUGGUAAUCUAUAAGGGGGUCAAAAUUUUCAGUAGAGAUGUGUGCAGAUGGAAACUGUUGGAAGUGUAAAAUCCAUAGUUUUCAAGUCACAUCUGAGGCAGAUUUUCAUCCUGUCAUCAAAGGAAUUUUGAUUUUGUUACCUCAACGUUUGAUUUUUAAAUUAAAAAUAUAUUUUUGAUA